AUGGAGGCGGCUCAAGAAGAAACUCCACCAACUGGAGAGGAGCAGAAGGAAAACGUAGAGCAAGUGGAAUCAGAGACUGAAAGCAUUGAAGGUGAUUUGGAAGAGCAAGAUAAUAGUGAACAGACACCAGAAAGUCCUCGGAAGGUAGAGAAUAAAAUCUCAGAAACUUUCUUCUAUAACUAUGAAGAUAUACAUUCACGGCCAUUGGUCACUGAAGACUCUGGGAUACCUGUUAACCUUCUUACUCUUAAAUAUUCUUUUGGAUAUAAUUUCACCAGAAGUGUAAACCUGCUGCCCAUCAAUAACCAAACCCUGAUGUACAUAGCAGGCAACCACAUCGUGCUCCUGGACUUGCAAACUCAAUCACAACGUUACCUCCGGAGCAGCAGUGGUGGUGGAAUUGGGUUUAUCACGGCACACCCUACUAAGCAGUACUUUGCAGCAGGAGAAAAAGGCAAGAAGCCAAACCUCAUCAUCUAUGACUACCCUUCACUCAGGCCCUACAGGAUACUGCGAGGUGGAACAGAGGAAGCCUAUGUUUUUGGGGAUUUCAGCAAUGCUGGCACUUUACUGGCCAGUGUUGGGAGCAGCCCUGACUACAUGCUGACUAUCUGGGACUGGAAACAAGAAAAGAUAGUGUUGAGGUCAAAAGCUUUUUCACAGGAUGUUUACAGGGUCUCAUUUUCCACCUAUAAUGAAGAACAACUCAUUACAUCUGGAUCAGGACACAUUAGGUUCUGGAAGAUGGCUCUCACAUUCACUGGUCUGAAGCUACAAGGAGCUCUGGGCAGAUUUGGGAAAACAGCAGUAACUGACAUUAUAGGUUACGUGGAGCUGCCUGACGGGAAGGUUAUCUCUGGGUCUGAGUGGGGCAACCUGCUUCUUUGGGAAGGGGACCUCAUUAAAGCAGAGCUCUGCCAAGCUGGACAGAAGCCCUGUCACAGUGGCCCUGUCAGCCAGUUAGUUGUGGAGGAAAGUGGACUUGUCACUAUUGGAAAAGAUGGCUUCAUUCGGCUGUGGGACCUCAAAUUAAUAGAAGCUGCUGAUUCUGUGGAUGACACAGGGUUACUGGAAGUAGAGCCUAUGAAUGAACUUGAGGUUGGCAAGAAUGUGAGUCUGAGUUUCAUGGCAAAAGCUUAUGACAAUGGAGAGCCUGUUUGGUAUGCUCAGGACACCAGUGGAAAAAUCUGGAAGCUGGAUUUGUCUUUUCAAAAUACAGCCCAGGAUGCAGAGUGCCUGUAUACCUUUCAUUCUGGAAGGAUUGAGGCCAUGAGUGUCUCUCCCAUUACAUACCUCAUGGCCACCACUGCUCUUGACCGGACAGUUCGUAUCUAUGAUUUCAUCAGCGACAGACAAGUGAGUGAAAUGAAGUUCACACAAGGAGGAACAGCACUGACAUGGGCACCCACUGUGGUAAAUCCUGAAGGAAGUAUAAUCGCUGUGGGCUUUGACGAUGGAGUUGUCCGCAUACUUGAAGUUUAUGAUCCCAAAGGACUGUCUGUUCUUGCAGCAUACAGCAAGACAGAGAAUGCAGAGAUAAAUCUGAAACAAGCUUUCAAACCUCAUACUGCUGCAGUUACUGCCCUGGCAUAUGAACAACAUGGAAAUGUGCUUGCUACAGGGAGUAAAGACAAAACUGUUUUCUUUUUUGAUGUUGAAGAUGAAUAUGGGCCAAUUGGAUUCAUCUAUGUCCCUGGGCCUGUACAGGCAUUACAGUGGUCUCCACCUUCUCAAGUGAAGAGCACUCUGCUCAUCCUUUGUGAGAAUGGCUUUGCUCUCCAGGUUCCUGCCCCUUGCCCUGAGGAACAGGAUACAUCAUCCACCUAUCAAAUCAAAAACUUGCCCACGCAGUACUUCCAUUUUUCUAGUAUUAAGUCUCGAAUCAAGCUGGAAGAGGAGAUUGCACGAAGAGAGAAAGAAAAGCAGGAGAAGGAGAAAGCAAAGCUUGAAUGGAUAAAGCAGCAACUGGAGAUGGGAAUGGAGAUAAAAGAAGAAUCUGAAAAGAAACCUGAAGAAGAGCCAUUGCCACCUCUCUACAUGCCAGAGGAGCCAAGUCCUAUCCUCUGUGGAUUUUACUCAUCACCAGGAAAAUUUUGGCUUUCCUUGGGUGGGUAUGACUCAGGGUUCCUCUAUCAUUGUGAAUUCUCAAAUGGUCACCAAGACAACCCUGUAAACAGGAAAGAUGAACCCUUUGAAGUGAUUCCUAUUGAGGACACUGAUGACAAUCCCAUCCACCAAAUCUCCUUCAGUACCAGCAGACAACUGAUGUUCUGUGGGAUGCAGAAUGGUGCCCUGCGUGUUUAUCCUCUCCAAGAUAAAGACGUCUCCGUGAAUACCCUGAAGGAAUACUGGUGCCUCAAUGUACAUGACAAUGAUCAUGGCCAAAUCCGAGGGAUCUGUCCUAGUUUUGAUGACAGAUUUCUGAUGACUUGCGGUGAAGAUGGAAACAUUUUUACUUUCAACAUGUUGUCUUCGGAGGACAUUCCCAAAGAGCUAAAAGCCCAAAUCCCCUCUCCCAGGAGUGGUCUUGAGAAUGAGAAGCCUACUGAAGACAUUAAUAAUCCCGAUGCCUACAACAUUGAGCAAGUCAAGCAGAAAGAGGAGUAUGAACGGAUAAUGAAGGAAGCUGAAGAGAAAAAAGACAAGAAAAGGCAGGAGUUACUUGCACUGAGGAAGGAGUUUCUUUUUCUUCUUCAAAGGAAUCAAGAACUGCCCAAGCACAUGCAGCUACAGAGAGAGGAGUAUGAGUUGGACCCUAGGAUCUUUGAGGAGCUGACUAGACAGACAGCACAGAGAAUCCAGCUGGUGCAAAAAGAGCUGGCUUGGGAGCAUGAGAAAAAUUUGAUCGGACUGCAGAAACUACAAAAUCAGUUUCGGGACUCACUGGAAUUUGACACUGUUGUUGUUCACGCUAUUCAAAGCAAGCAUGAGAUUUCCACCUACAGACUUCUGGCACUGCCUGAGAAAUGCUACCAAGAUAAACAGACGGGGGAAAAAGCAGAAGGGGAGAGUGCCACAGAGACAACACAUCCUAGGAUUGUUGAGGAGGCAGCUGAAAAACCGGAGACAUUAGAGGUCCGAAAGCCAACCACGAGUUACAUAGAAAGCAAAUAUGAGCAAAUCAAAAGAAGCAUUGAAAGAUCCAACAAGGUGAAAGCUAAGAUCAUGAAGAGGAAGGCAGAGUGGGAUGAACUAUACAAGAGCAAACCUUCUGAUGACUAUGAGGAUCCCAAAGAUGCUGAGGAAAUCAAAGCAGCACGGGAAAAUAUGGGGGUUUAUGAGCUGAAGACUGCCACUAACUACAGAGUCCCUGAACACAAGCGUAUGAACGUUGAGAAGAAGACGAUGCAGCUUGCAUCCCUGGAAGCGUUGAUCCAUGAAAAGAAAGCAGAUAUGAACAAAGAGAUCAUGUCUUUGAGGGAUCUCAAGGUUUCUACUAUUGAAGAAAUCAAGUGUUUGGUGCGAGAAUUGGAAUCCAUACAGGCAGCCUUGGAUUUGUCAGAGCAUCUCCCUCUUCCCCCAAUCCCUCAAUUACAUCCAGAUGAGUUUCCUGAAAAAAGAUUUGAGUGUGACAGUGACAUCCUCCUGAAGUUCAAAGAGGAGCAGGAGGCCAAGGCAAAGCUCCAGGAACACCUGGAAGAAGGGUCUUCAUCUCAUGCAUUUGGGUAUGACUUUCUUCAAGCUCCUUCCAGAGAGGAGGCUGUGGGUGCAUACCCACUGAAAACAGCAUCAUCUCAGGUCACAGGGCAGCAAAAGGUUUUUGAGAUUGAGAAGUCAGAGCCAACAGAAAUGGAACUGGAAAUUUUGAAGAGAGAGAAGAUUAAAAACCUGUAUUUGCAGGAGAUCCUGAUUAAAAAGAUCCAGGCCCUGGUGAUCAGUUUUGAUGCUGAACUUUGCAUUCUGCGGCAUAAGAAGCUGAAGCUGGAUGUGCAGAUGAAAAGUGCUGACCUGCGCUACAUCACAUGGUAUGAAGAGCUGCUUAUCCUGAAGCACCUUGAGAAACAGGAGAACUUUCUCCAGGGCCGUGUCCACACCCUCACCACUGAGCAGGGGGCCACACAGUCAGAACUGAACAACUACCUUGCACAGAUGGAGGACAGAAAGUGUGAGAUUGCAAAGCUUCAGGCAUGUGAACGGUCUCUUUAUGCUAACUUCCAAAUGUCCCUUGGAGAAAACAAUGAGUUUGCCUCUUUUCUGACUGAGGUUCUGGAGAAGAAAACCAAGUGCAUGGGAAAAAAAGAAGCAGGAAGAGAAGCAGGUGAAGAAGAUGAGAAUGAAGAGAAGGAUGAAGAGUCCACCUUGGGGACUGAUGAGGAAAAAUCUGGAUCUGAAGAUGAAGUCUUUGAUGACUCAGUGUGCCCAAAGAACUGCGACGAGGCACUCUUCCGAAACACCAUCCAGCUCCGGCAGAAGCUGCUGGAUAUUAAGGAGGCUUUAGCAGAGGAGAAGAAAGUUGCCGCUAACCUAAGAAAGAAAUAUAAUGCCUUGGCUGAAAAGGCAAAAGUAGUGGAAACCAAUCUGGAAACUGCAGAGAAGGAACUGGAGACCUUUCUGUGGGAAAAGCAGCAGAGAAUGAACGAGCUCUAUGUAGCUGUGCCUUUGAAACUCCAUCAGGUGGAGUACUUGGUUGAUGGGGAGAUGCCCAGUGACCUCUCCCAGGCUUUGGUGUUUAGCAACCAGACCUUGGAGUAUCUGCAGAAGAGAAUUUCAGAGCUACGUGAUGAAAAGAGAAUGCAAAGAGAGAUCUACAAGAAGGCCCAGAAACACUAUAAGCAGCUCGUCCAAGACAAAAAGGAGAUGGAGAUAAAGAUUCAACAACUGGAAAUGAAGUGCAAUGAUCUGAUGGUGAAGAAGUUUGGCCAGCUGGUUGAUUUUGAAGCAGUUCAAACACACUCUGGCAGCAUACGCAUGGAGGAGCUGCAACUUCAAAUAAUGGAGAAAGAAUAUAUGCACUCCCAGGAGCUCAGGAAGUGGGAGGAAAGGAUCUUAGCCCUGCGUCAGCAGCUGAUGAAGCUGACAAAGGAGAACACCACCAAGCUACAGCAGCUGAACCAGUUUUGCCUUGAAAAGCAGCAACUUGAAACAAAGAUGGCUUCACUGAAAAAUGACCUGGGGAUAGAAUUUCAGCUCACCAGAACUACUGAUGUCAAAGAGAAAGCCAAGCUGAAGUCGCGGCUCAAGCGCUUGACUUGUGACACAGCUCUCCUCCGAGAGGAAAUCCAUUUUCUACAGAGAAAGGACGGAUGCCUCUUUCUACAACCUUCACCACCACAGGACUGA